GUAAAACCGCUGACUUCCAGCAGACUCAACCUUCCUCUACGCCGGUGGAAAAUUGCUUCCCUCAAAAUGGCGGCAAAAGCUUAGUUGUUGUCAAAAACAUCGUCAUUUGUAUAAAACUCUUAUUUUCUCUAUAACAAUGGAAGCGAAGCUGUCAAAACUUUAAGAGUUUAUUAUAUUAAGCUUGUUUCAGAGACAGUUAAGUCUUGCAACUUCAAUAUGAAUAUAUUUAUAUAAGAGAGAGCAAAAAGCGGUUUGACAUGGAAACGGACAACAACAUUGAGAAAGUGCAAUGGCUGACAGAUCAUUUACAGAACAGCGCCAUCUUCACGAAAAUCAGGAAGGAUUUGCAGAAAGAGGUAGCGAAAUCCCACAUUCCCUUGAACCAAUCAGAGAUGAGAGCCAGCCUGCUCAAGUACAUCAGAGAGUCAGGCUGGGAGGUUAAGCUACAGAAUGCUGUGUACCGGCAACUGAUUGUAAAUCCCAUUCCACCUCCUGCUUAUAUACCAGAGCCUCACUCCAAAGAACCCCUUGCAUUCAUACGCAAAGCGCAGGCCACAUGGGAAAAAAGAAUUGUGAAAAGUGUCAACAGCAUGUGCACUGAGUUAAGCCUACCUCUGGCAAGAAAGCGCUCUGCUAUUGACCAGGCCACCAUGGCAUCAACAUUUGAGACGCUUGGAGCAGAUUUGAAUGAGAAAGAAUUUGAAAAGAUCAAACCUGUCUAUGCGCCUAAAGACUUUUUUGAGGCUUUGGUUGCAGUGGAGAAUCCAAACUUUACGCCAUUACGAAAGUCACCUAGUUCUAUCAAGGGUUGGGGCCUUGUUCAAGUGAACCUGUACACAAAAGAUCUCCAUGAGUUGCGGUCUACAUUUCGUGAACUGGAACCUAACACAUGCCAUUGUGGCGUAGAUGACAUGACUGGUAGCAACACAGUCGAGAAUUUUGAAACAGAUUGGUACAAAAUGGGAAAGAAAGUGGUCCAUAAUGGCAGCGCUAUGGCAGCGAGGCAGUUUGCUAAGUAUGGAUGCCCGUCAGGUAUCCGUGGUGAGAUAUGGAAGCAGAUCCUUUGUCUCAAGGUUGAUGAUGUUGAAUUGUUGUAUUUUCAACAGCUCAAGAGUUAUGUUAUCCAGCAUGAAAUGUUGGUUGAUAGUCUAGUAAUGAAGGAUAUUCGGAUCACAGCAACUAACGAUGAUGACUACUUUGUGUUUGAGGAUCUUCUUUAUCAGGCGAUGUUAGUGUUUACACGAGAUACUGCUGUCCUGAAACACUUCCAGCAAUCAAGUGCCACAGCUCCUAAGUCUUACAUUAGAGGAAAACUUGGCGUUCAAGAGUUUGCUGUUGCGUAUCCCCCAAAUGGUAUUAUGCCAUUCCAUGGGUUUUCAAUGCAUGCCGCCCCACUAUGCUACGUGUGCUCUCACGCUCCGGGGAUGUAUUUCCUGUUCAGAGAAAUGUACACAAGGUAUUUCUUCCGCCUGCAUACCAUGUCUUCUCAUCCCCAGGGCAUAAUGUCGUUAUGCUUGCUGUUCGAGAAUCUUCUUCAAACUCAUGAGCCUUUAUUACUUUAUCAUCUCAAGGAAGUAGGAGCCCCACCGCUACGGCUGGUAUUUAGUUGGAUGGUUUAUGCGUUUUCUGGAUAUUUAUCUACAGAUCAGGUUCUCCUUCUGUGGGAUAGGAUACUUGCAUACGACUCACUAGAAUUGCUUCCAGUUAUGGCUAUGGCUAUAUUAUCUUAUCGUCGUAGCAAUCUCAUGGAAGUCACAAGUUUGCAAGCUGCCCAGACUGUGCUGGCCGAUGUUUCUACGCUCAAUGUCAUUUCUCUCCUCCAGUACGUACUCUUCUUGAAGUAGUAAGUGCACUAUUAACUUCCAAAUAGACACUUGACAAUCAAACGCUGCCACCAACAUUACUAUCAUCUUCAACAUCAUCAUCAACCUUCGGCAUCAGCCAAAAUGGUCCGCACAAUCUCUCUCCACACCCUACGAUCUGCUGUUGCACUUGGCAGAUGUUGCCGAGGGAUCAUUGGACCCGAGAAAUUGAAUGUGAUAGUUUCUCGGACCUCACAAGGAGCACCAGUACUGGAAGAGGACAUAGAUGUCAGAGGACCAGAGUUGUGCCCAGCAUUUGUCAAGUUGGGGUACUAGAUAGCACUACAGUAA